GCCGACUUUGACGAUCGCGGUCUGGCGGGCCCAGAUAGCCUUACACAAUACUGCAUUGGGGUAAAAUGCUUUCACAAAGCAAUCGAUCAAUUAACAUGGCUUAACGAGCCUUUUGCCAGCCGCAUGGGUUUAUAAGAUGUAGAAUUACAGACCUAGGAUCGUUGCCUUCUUCUCCCUCUCGUCGUCAACCGCUAUUUCUUCUUUUUGGAUACUGACGAUAACAUCCAUCUCACUCCCAACUACGCCACUACAAGCUAGCGACAGCAAUCACAGGGACCAAAGGACGGGAAAAAGUGUGAGGAAGACUAUUCACCAUGGGACAAACCGCUUCUGCCCCUCGACCGGGGACUCAAAUUCAAGUGAUCGGCGCCGGUUUGUCUCGCACCGGAACAGCGUCCUUCAGCGCCGCCUUAGAAAUACUUCUCGACGGACCCAUCUAUCAUGGCGGUACACAGAAUACGAUGGGCUUACCCAUCGAGAUCAAGUCCUGGAUUACGGUUCUACGAACGUGGCUUACAGGCCAAGACCGAGAGCACGUCCUCGCCCUCAUCAAAGAUCGCACCGAGGGCUACGCGGCGAUUACUGAUGCCCCCGGCAGCCAAUUUGUCCCGGAGCUGCUGAAGCUCUACCCAGACAGCAAGGUGAUCUGUACCGUCCGCGAUCCCGCCGCGUGGGCGAAGAGCAUGGAGCAGAUUAGUGGACUGGCAACACUUUGGUUUCUUCGUGCGGUUCUCUUCCCGCUUCCGGGCAUGAGACACUUUGUGGAGUAUAUCUCGCUUCUGCAGUUGCAGUGGGAUCGAAUUUAUAAUGACCAACGUGCGCAUGAUUAUAUCUAUCAUCGGCAUAUUGUAUGGUUGAAAGAGGUUGUGCCUGAGGAUCGACUGGUGUUUUUUGAUGUUAGAGAUGGAUGGGAGCCACUGUGCAAGGCGUUGGGGAAAGAGGUUCCGGAUGUCCCAUUUCCUCGGAUCAAUGACUCCAAACAGAUUAAUCGGGUUGCGGAGUAUCAUAUCAAGCGCGGUCUUAAGAGAUGGGGUGUGGUUUUGAUGGUGGUGGGAGUGGGUGCUGCUUGGUACAUGUGUGGGUGAAUCUAUCAGGGUCUCCUUGUAGGCCGUGUUACAUUUCACAAGAUAAU